AUGCUCAAGCUUGCUACCGCUUUGGCCCUUACGGGGGCGGCUUCUGCCGCCACGGCUGUUACCUCGCACAGCGUGACUCGCGCGCAAUGCAUCAGCAGCAGCCUCGAUCAGGCUCGCGCUCGAGCCUCGCAAGCCGAUGCCGUUAUUUGCUACCACGGUGGUUAUGAAAUCCUCAACAAGGAUCCGAACACCUUUGGCAGCCUUAGCAAAGUCAAGUGCGGCGAGGAGCAGGUGGACGUCGAAUGCUUCUGGAUGGACGACCCCGCCAUCUUCAAUGCUUACGACGAUGGCGGACCUGAAAACAUCGCCUACAGCCUCGACACCAAAAAGUGCACGUGGGACAAGUUCUGGCGUUCCCUCAACUGCCAGGGCGGAAGCAACUAA